AUGGCGGCGACUCAGGGGGUUAAAUGCCUCAACACAUCCUCCGGGAGGAGGCGGUUCGUGGUGAGUGGGCAUGUCCACGAGCUCCUGGCCUUGCCCUCGAGCUUUGGCCUUGAACCUUUGUGGUUUUGUGUCCUUCACGGUGCCUACUGAAUUUCCUGCGAUUAAAUUAUUUCUCUCGUGUUCUGCUUUGCAGUUUAAGACCUUCACGCAAAGAGUAAACGAGAUUGAAAUCGACGUCUUCCGCAGUCUCGACCCUGUGAAGGCGGAGCCGUCCGAGGGAUCCUCCUUCUUCCGAGACUGCCUCCUGGAGUGGCGGGCAUGCUUCCCAAACCUGUUGCCUUUUUCCGUUUUUUCUGGCUGAUUUUCACCUGACACACUUUCGAAAUGGUUUCUGUGGAUUAGGAGCUCAAUACCGCAGAGGACUUCAUCUCGUUUUACGAUGAGAUGAUGCCCUUCGUCCAGACUCUGCCACAGAUUUUGCUGCACAAGGAGAAGAUCUUUUCGGAGUUGCUUUCCCGGGUAAACAUGAAGGCAAAGCUCUCUCUCGAGCCGAUACUCAGGUCAGUCAUCCAAGGUUUUUUUUUCCGGUGCUACUGAAUAGUUAGUGUGAUCUUAGGUUGAAAAUUUUGACUGAGCCUUCUCGCCGUAGAAUUAGUGUAUGGGUUUCUUGUUUAUUCAGUUGUGUGAAGCCACCUAGUUAAAACGGAAAAUAAUAUUUUAUAAAUAUGUCGAUGAAAAACAUGCUCUUUGUUGGAAAGCUUAGAACCUCAAAGACCAAAGUGCGGGGAAAUUUUUACUCUGCUGGCACGGUGUCUAGUCUAAAAUUUGACAAAAACAUUUCUUUCUUAGGGAAAGAAAAAGAGGGCUCAGCAGAAUACCUUUAGGAGCAGAAUUUUUUUUGGUCGAUUGUUGACUGAUCAGCAGUUACGAAAACGAUGACCAAAGUUAAAAUCACUGGUCAAAUUUGGUUAAAUAUUCUCUGUAUUGUGGCAUUCUUGAAGAUAGUCAAACAGCGGCGGAGUUACCUCUUCCUUGCCUCAGAACAUCAAGAAUAUGCGGACGUUGCUGUGCUAUUUAAGUACUGAAUAUCAAGUAGGUUAACCUGAUACAGUAUCCAGAUGGAAGCUUGGAUAACUAGAAAUGGGCAUAGAAUUUGGUUGAAUUGGGUAGCUAGGUUGAGUUGGACUGUUCCUUUAUAUGGAUGAUGCAAUCAGUUGCCAACAUUGAAUUUCAUAAACAUAUUCAAGGAAUGAAAGAGAAAACAGAGAACAAAAAUAGAAGACUAGAAAACAGAGUAAACAGAAAAAGUAAAAAAAUAGCAACCGAUUCAUAAGCCUCUUCAAAUCUUCUUUUCCUUGUCAUCCUUAUCAUAUUUAUUUUCUUCGCUGGUUUUUAAGCAUGGUGAAUCCUUUUUCUUUUCUUCCCUACUUCAUUCCCAUUCUUUUUGACGUCGUUGCUCUCUCCCCCCCCCCCCCCCCCUCUCUCUCUCUCUCUCUCUCUCUCCCUUCCUUUCUCAGUUCCCUCUCCGCCCCUUGAAUUUCUACACCCUUGUCAGCAUAGCACAUCCAGUACUAGUUUGAUUCUAACACAUCUUAUUCUUUGAGAUUAUUUUGGUGCUUUUGUAAAUCUCUUUCACAACGAGCAGCUGGAUGUCCAUAAAAAUGCGUGCUGGACGAAAACACUAAGAUCCAGCUUCAUCCAAAGCAUCAGGAGAAUCGUUGGGUUUGAGGGGUUUAUGACUGAUACAUAUCAGUGCAAUAGCGUGAACUGAAUCAUUAUCAACAUAAAAUAAUAUAUAUUUUUUGGGAGUGUGCUUCUUGGGGUUGGAAGCUGACAUGUGAAUAGGUUUACAAUAUUAAUGUUAUAUUAAAGUAUGCCAAUACUAAUAUUAAAACCGUUACAAAUUUUUAUCCACCUGAUCAAUAUGUGGUUUCACUUUAGAACGAAUCUUUUGUAUUAAAUAACAAUGCACCAGAUGGUGGCCUUGUCUGGAAGGAAAGACAGUAAGUUAUUACUCCUUGAGGAGUCUAACAAGAAAAGUAGCUGAACCCUGGAUCCUUUUUCUCAUGUCUACUUCGCUUUAUGAAGAUAAAACUUCGCUUUACGUGGGUAUUGCUGCAGAAGAUUAAUAUUCGAAGUUUGAUGCUCGCGAAAAGUGGCCAAAAAAAAUCCUUUGGGAAUAUUUCUUAUGGUAAAGAGGGUAUUGUGAGUAUUUCACGAGCACCUUGUCAUAAACGAUCUACUGAUUUUGGUUCAAAGAAACUGAAAACAGUUAAGGGAGAUCUGAAACGUCUCAAUUGUUGAGAGUGGAACCUCCACUCACUUUAUAGUUUCCGAUAAAAUUUCAUCCCUGCUAUGCAAAUUGGUGAGGUUCUGUGUAGUUUUUAGUUUUCAAUUUACUUCUGAGAACUUCGAGUGCGGGUUAGACUCUGUUUUGAAAUUCCAAGCUGAAAAGUAACUCUUGGUUGUGAUAGCAGAUGUUAAUUGCCAGUCUCUCUCCCUUUCCAUGCUAUGCUGUUAUCGCAUUUUUAUGUUGGCAAUUAUUUCAUGAAGGUUUUGAUUCUCUUAUGAGUCUGAUAAUUUUAUCCUAUAUAUAUAAUUGAUAUAUAUUUUUUUGAAUCCGAUAAUUGAAGAAAUAUCGCUUAUGGCACAAAUAUCUGUUUCAGGUUGAUUGCGUCCUUCUCUAGGGACAUUUUAGAAGAUUUUUUACCGUAAGAUUCUUCUUCUUAAUCUCUUAACUAUCUGUAUUGAAAGAACAUAUAUGAUACUGAAAUUUUUGCUGAACAGUGGUUGCAACUUUGUCAAUUUAUCUGCUUUCCUAUAUGAUGCUGGGCGGAUAUCGUUGCAUGAAUUGUAUGGAAUCCUUUCUCGUUUGAAAAGACUUUCUUUGUUUGAAACACUACUUCUCUUAUGAGCGUGGCUUGAACACAUCAAAGUUUUCAAUUUCUGAGGGCAAGAAAACUUUAGAUUUUGGAACAUUCGAUGGUUCACUAAUUGAAAUACAUUCUUCUUUUCGCGAUACCCUUUAAUGUCCUAUGCCAUUCUAUUCGAGAUCUACAGUCGAAGUGGUAGGCUGUUAUUUACUUCUUCGAUGAUGCAUACUUUUUCAUGGCUUUUACCAUUAAUCUGGAGGUGUGAUAAAAGUGAAUGGAAACAGUUUGUGUUUUUAGAAUGCAAUUAAGUUUAGAUCAGAUCCCAUCUUUAAAAGACCUUGAGACGUUCGAUAUUCAAUCAGAGGAAAAUUUCGUUCAUCUGCUAGAAACUAGACUUUGAGCUCCAUCCUGGUAGUAACAAUGCAUAAUGUUAUGUGGUGUUUGGACUUUUGAGUAACUUUCCUUUCUGUGCUGAAUUGCGCCCAGAAAUCGAAAUGAGGUCUUGUAUAUGUUUUUCUUUGCGGAAGAUGACUUUUUGAUUGAUUUUUCUGGUCAAACGAUCAUGCCUUUAGUAACAUACUUCAAAAAUGUUAUUUUAAGAGUAUUCUUGCAGACUUUUGCAGAGACUUGUUAAUUCUUUUAUUGAGCUGUUUGAGAAUGGGGGUGAACGAGACUCUGAUGUUCUUGAACAGGUAUCUUCUAUGACAUCUGCAGACUCAUUGAUUCUAAUAUCUUUACUUGAAAGAGGGCGUCAUUUUGAAUUUGUGUUUUUGAUGUUAGGUUUUCACAUCCUGGUCGUAUAUAUUAAUGUAUUUGCAGAAGUAUCUAAUCAAAGACAUUGCUAACGUUCUCCAGUAAGUGUCAUGCCCAUACUUUUUUGUGCGAUUAUUAUUGGUAGAUGAUGUCCACAGUUAAUCGUGUAUCUUCUAGUAACUAUCCCUCCAAUUUUGUUGAAGGAUCACUAUUGAUUUGAGAUAUUAUCCAAACCAUUACAUCCAAGAAUUUAUGGCAGAGGCUCUCUCUUUCUUGCUAAGGAGUGCUCCAAAAACUGAAGUUAUUGAAGGUACGCAAGUUCUCAACUAUGGACAAUGAGAUGAAACCUGUGAUUUGAUCAUUGUGUGACUUGCUGUUUCUAGGAAUCUGGCACCAACGCAUAUUUAUAUGUAGUAGUGCCAGAUUGUGUGACAUGCUGUUUCUAGGAAUCUGGGACCAAUGCAUAUUUAUAUGUUGUUGUGCCAGAUUCUGUGACAUUCUGUUUCUAGGAAUUUGGCACCAGCAUUUCUGUGUUGCAGACUGUUGUUUGUUUCCUGCUUGAUGGCCAACAUGAUUACUUCUGUUUUAAAAUACAUCCUUCCUCCUUCCUAAAUUUUGCCGAGAAAUAAACAAGGCAUGGUCCCUUAAUCUUGUUAUCAUGGACUCUGUCUAAUGUGCGAGUGUACCCUCAUUUGGUUCAGACUCACCAAACAGGAAUAAACAUUGAGAAUCCAAGAAACAGAAAGAGGAGUCUUCUUCAAUUGAUAACAGAUUCUCCAUGUUUGGUGAGUCUGCACAACCAAAUGAGGGUAUACUUACACAUCAGACAGCCCAUGAUAACAGGAUUAAGGAGCCAUAUCUUGUUUGACCGAGUUAAUCACAAUGACGGGUGAUGGCAAAGAGAUAUCCUGUGUGUUUUUAUGAUAUGUUAUGGAAAUUAUUCUUCGGUUUUCAAAAGCAUUGAAUUAUAAUCGAGUUGAUAAUGGAUAAUUUUAUUCCUAACAUUCAUAGUGGAGUUGCUGGGGGUGGGCAUUGGAGGGUUGGUUGGGUGCGUUGAUUUUUCAGGCUGGAAAUAUAAGGAGUUGAGUUUUUCGUUCAUCCACCCAUUCAGGUUGUCCUCAUUAGAUGUUUGUUGUCUCUCAAACUUUAGAGGAUAAACCGGAUUAAGAUUCUGUUGUUUCAUCACAUCAAAAAUUUCACAGUAUUAUCUGGACGACUAAGCAUGUUGGAGCAUUAGGCACUGGGGAAUUAGGUGGGCAAAUGUAAGUGCUGUUCCCCUUGGUUACCUUUGUGCGUUGGGAAAUUUGCCUGCUUUAUCAUCUUAUUAGGUACUUUACUUAAUAAAUAGAAAUCCAAUGUAAUGUCAUUGAGUAAUUGUUUUACCUAAGAUUUAUGCGUGAAAAAUAAAAUCAUAUAUGCUUUGUGCAAUUUUUGAGUUCAUCAAUCUAAAGCAUUCUACUGGGAUUAUGAGGGUGUAGAAUUUAUCAAUCAACAAAAUAUGUACUAAGGUUGACUGCAUCAAAAUGUUUCUCUUCGUAAAACAAUCACUCAACACAGUCUAUCACUAGGGCAGAGGACCACUAACGAUAUCAGUGAUCGUGGGGUGUUGGAUAAUGUGUUACAGUUGUGAAUGAUUUUAAUUUUAAUUUAUGUAUAUGACUUGGCCGCAAAUAACAUUAAAUUUGAAUUAAGCUAACGUGAAAUUUACCUGAUAUGUUAAAUACACGAUUCUUUGUUGUAAUCUAUGUAAAACUAGGCUUUGCUAGUUGUUAUCCCUUGUUACUUAGGCAGUGAAGUAGUUGCCCAUCAUAAUUGCCUUUGCUGCCUUAGAAGCUGUGUAAUAUCGCAUGGACGUUUAUAACAAAUAUCUUAUCUAUCCUAUCUAUUUGAUUUGGAAAGUAGGAUGAAAUUGGCUGUAUUUCAUUUGUUGUGGUCUAGCCAGUCCAAUGUGCAUCCCAAUUACCUUAGUUAAUACCUUUGCACCUGAGACAUUUCUUGGGUGGAUGUACUUACACAUUUGCAGUAUGUGUGUGUUAUUAGUAACUUGAUUUCUUUGUUGCUGAUGUUAAGGUGUUAGAAAGGUUGUUACGGAAGCAGCAGAGGAUUCCUCUGAGACCAGAAAAACUGGGGCCAGCGCUUUGCUAUGGCACGUUAUGAUAGGGACUUCUUCCAGGCUCCACUCUAAAGCGGAGCAGGUUCUGCGGUUACUGAUGGAUAAAUCUAUUCUCGACUUGCACGGUGAUCUCUCUGAACACCGUCUUUCUUUGUAACUGAUGCAUGAUUCUUUCUAUAGAGUACGAAUUGUUUAUUCUUCCAUUUUUUCGAUGUGACAUUUUUUACUAUCUGGCAGAAUUUCUCAUCUUUAGAGUUUGAUUAGCAAUUUUCUCGUAAAUUUUAUCUAGAAAUGACAUAUUCUUUAUUCUUUCGAGUGUGUUAGCAGUUUUACAAUACUCUUAGUAGAAUUGUCGUCUCACAUGUCCAGUGGAUCUGCGAUUGUCAUCGUAUUAGUAGUUUGCUCCUCAUUAGCGUUCGAGCAGACUUUGAUUAUGAGCUUUCAUCUGAUGCAUUUCAUUCACGUUCCACGUUUGGCCCUCAAAUGUUAAACCUCUUGGUUCAGUUUCAUAUGAUUCUUGGAAGUUUUUUCUAGUGUGCAUGAUUCUCCUAGCCUUGCAGCGUGCCACCUGAAAUCUAGCACAUCAUUUACCAUAUAUGUAAAAGUUCGUGAUUGUUCCCCUUGUUCCAUAUGUAAGAGUAAUUAUUUUGUUUAGCUGCUGUACAUUUUUGUAUUUUGUUAACCUUAGGUCUGUUUUUUUCUGUUGCAUUCCAUUAUACCUUGAAGUGUUAAAAGACAAUUAGUAACAGUGGAAUAUUUUAAAAGGACACUGAUUCCAAUUAACAGUCUGUUGGUUACUGAAAAUAAUGUCCAAGACCUGCUCACCACAAAAAGGAGAAAUUUUCAAGUCAUGAACACAAGUGUGCUUGGUUGUCCGAAUGGCUUAUUCUUCAGAUAGCGUUUUGUAAAUAUUUCACACUUAAUUUAUGUUUUGAUAGAUGAAGUUAUCUUUUUCCUAGAAAUAAAAAUGGAUAUUUGAUGUUGUACGGACAGCAGAAUCAUCAGCAGAUUGAUUCUAUGAUCUCUAUGGAAUCAUCAUCAAUUUACUGCGUGAAAUUUUUUAUAAACUGUACUUUAAGAAAAAAGGGAGGAUCAGACAGGAAUGAGAAUAACAUAUGCUUUCCUUCUGUUUAUUUUUUUUUCUUUCGGUUAUUUAUCCCGGUACGUCCAUUUAAUGUCCUGUUGGACUCAAACAAGUGAAAUAAAGCCUGCUCUUUAAGUACUCUCAAGUUCCGUGUUUGGCUUUACAUGGUUCAGGUCUAUUUGUCCACUUACUUUUGUAGCCUAUAUAUAGCCUGUGAUGAGUUUCUGCUGAUCAAUUACUGACCAGUAAAUGUCUUUCUUCAUUUUCUGGUUCAGACGCUGUUGUUGAUGUGGUCAACGGGACACUCCAGAGAUUAUGUGAAGUACUUGAGCCAAAAGAGUUAAAUUUGGCAUGCAAUUGUUUACUAGAAGAAAUACGCCGUAGUGAUGACAGUGGGUUUAUAGAUCAUUUAAACCGAUUAUUAUCGAUACUUGUUUUCAUUGUUCAAUUAAGGAAAGGGGCCAAUAUUUGUGGUAAGUGUUACUGUUAUUUUUACCACGGUUAUGUUAACUGUAGUACUGAUAUUCGGUCUUAAUGCUCCCAUACACAUUUCGAUUAGUCUUUUCUUAUACUUCAAUUUGGUCCAAUAAAUGCAGACUACUUACCAGUUUUUGAGCUCAUCACAUCGCUCGUGAAGAAAUACAUUACACCUACUACUUCCAAUGUAGAAAAUUGUCUUGAGACUGUCAACAAGGUUUUCGAAUUAAUGCUUAGCCUUCUUGAUGUGCAAUCUAUUGUUAAUGAGUUAUCAGCUACAUCUCAGAUUGUGCUAGAGUGGAGCCCUAUCUUCCAGAGUGGAAACCCAAGGUAAUUAAGGUUAAUAUCUUGUAUUGGAUUAUCAGCUAAUCCAAUUGCAGAUGCUGAUACAGGUGUUUCAACUUGUAAUUUUUCAAUAUUUUGACGUAUGUUUUUUUUGCUUUCAGGUUGCUUUCAUUCAUUGGAGAAGUAUUUACUAAGGAUUCUCCUGUUCUAAAUGCAUUCAAAAUGCCAAUUAUUAGGUACUUUUGAGUAAUUCUUUUAUUCGUUGUUUGCAUUGAUUUAUUUCUUAAUUUUCUUUGUUUUCUUUUCUUAACGUGCAGUGCCUUGGAUGAUCGGAUUAUAUCAUCACCUGACGAAGUCCUUUAUCUUCUGUUGGUGUUCUUUGAGAAAGCAGGAGAAUUUCAUUGUUCUGAUUCCUUCAUCGGCCAGUCAAAGGAUAGUGUCUCCAAGAUACGUAGAUUUUUUGAUGAAAAACUGUGUUUUUGGUCAAAUAUGAUUACCAAGGUUUCUGCAGAGGCAAGCCAAAGACCUGGUUUGACAAUUUGCCAUUCUAAUUUCGCUAUGUUAUGGGGAAUUCUGCAAAACUAUUCUCAUUUCUUUUGCUCAAAUGAGAAGCUAUCGCUGAUCACAAAAUUUAUUGAAGCUGUCACUCAACUAUUAUCAGCUGAAACUGGUGAAAUAAUUUUUUGAAUGUGAAUAAUUCUCUCGUAUUACAUCCUCUGGAUAAUAGUCUUAUUCAAGUUGUUUCAGAUGAAAUUGCAGGUCUUUCAAAGACAGUUUGGCAGAGCAUAGCGGCUGCUUCAUUGGUGUCAUAUCAAAAAUUGUUAGCUGGUCGCAAAGCUGGACACGCAGAAAUAAGCAAAAUAUUGCAUAUUGCUGGAAAAAAUAAGUCCUCUUCCCAGUUGUUAUUUGCUGUUGCGGAAUAUCUCGACUCUCAGUUUGGGUAUGGUGAUGUAUCUUGAUUAUUCAAUAUGAACGUCGAUAAUGGCUUCUGUCUUUAUUUUGUUUUUUGUUGUCAUAUUUCUUGUUAUCAAUAUUAUUGAAUAUUAUUGCAUUCAGUUUAAAAUUCCUUGGAGCUGGCGGAACAUAGCGAAAUAUGACUUUUUUAAUUUGUUGGAUUUUUCCUUUUUUCCAACUUAUAUAUGCCCAAAAACUUCAACUAGGGUCACAACAGCCAACCUAGAUUGUGGAAAUUUAUAAUGGACAUUCUUGGUCUCCCUAAGAUUGCCGUUCUUGUACUUUUUUAUCUUUUUUCGGUUUAAAUGUUUAUACUGUGCACAUCAUUGUUUGCUGAACCUCAUUUUUUUUUGUUUUUUAUCUAGUUGACUUUUGAUUUUCUAUAUUUUUACACAGAAUUGGUUAAUAUAUGGUGACUCUGUAUUAUGUUUCUACUUUUUUCUAACUUGAACUUAUUUCUCUUGGUAGGUUGAUGACUGAGAAAGAUAGACUUGACUUCAUAGACUUCAACAAUGAGUGUUCAGCAUCUGCAAUCAAAAUAUUUGCUGAAAAUUUAUCGCAAUCUGAUAAGUUACUCCGUACUUCAACAUUAAGAAUUUUAUCUCAUUUUGCACUUUUAGAUAAGCAACCAUCCAAGGAUGACGUGCGCCCAUCUAAGAAACUGAAAACCGAGCCAUCUGGGUUCGUCCUUGCAGAAUCUCGAAAUGAGAAUGUAUGUUUUCUCCUUUUCUUGAAUUUAUUUUGUUGUUUAUGGAUGGUCUUUUACUGUCAACUUACAUUCCACUUUGUAAAAUCAGGUCAUUCCUCUGCUUCUAUCGAUUGAAGAAACUCCUUCUUCCGUCUCUACAAGCAGGGUUAUUAUUGUUUUAAUUUCUAAGAUACAGAUGAACAUUGCCGCAGGAAAGAUUAAUGACGCUUAUGUUCCUCUUCUCUUAAAUGGACUUAUUGGGAUUGUCUACAACAGAUUUGGCUCUCUUUGGGAACCAGCUAUAGAAUGCCUCAGUGUUCUCCUUGGCAGGCACAAGGAUCUAGCUUGGAACCAAUUCAUCGAAUGCUUAGAAAACGUUCAGCUGAAAUUCCUCUCUGCUGGUGAAGUGGAUAUGAUGAGCACUGACCAUCCAAAGCCAAAUGGUAUAAAUCGAUUCCUCACGUGUUUAUCAAAUAAUUCUUUUAUUUCGUGCAAUACAGAAGUAUUGAUAAGUUGCAAUGGAAGCCGAUUUAUUUUCAUUUCUGAUCAUUGAUGCGAAAACGAAGAAUGGGCUACUGCAUGAUUCAUGAAUUCAGUUCAUAUUUAACAAUCUUUAUUGUUGUUUUUGAACUUCUGUAUCUUGCGUUGGUCAUGAGAUUUUUAUUUGAGCCCAGGGGAGAAUGAGACCCGACCUCUUCUUUUGAAUGUCCGGAUAAAGACCUUUCUAUUCGGAAUAUGGAGAGCUUUAAAAGAACGUUUUGAGUCCGUGAUUGGAAAUCUCCCAAUUCUUUUUAGCAGGACCCAAUUUCUGCAUGGGUGGUCUGCUCCGGGCCACUUAUCUUUCGGAAACUGACUCUUACUACACAAUCCAUUCGUAAACUUCAUACUUUUGCUGAUUCUAAAAGUCCGGAUUUCAAUAACCUUCUGCAAAAUUAAGUUUUAUACUAUCCUCUAUUGAGGAUAUUAAGUUUUGGAGGCUUCCGAGUAGCUAUGGCCUCACGUUCACAGUUCUUCAUCCCUUCUUGCAUCAUAAUCCUCUCUGCUUCAUUUCUUUUGAGAGAUGGAGUCCGGUUUUGUUUCCAGGUAUUUUAGCUUAUUCACUUCCUAUGUUUAUUCAGUUUUCUUGUCCACUCUUGCACCAUUGCACUUGUUCGUUUUACAGUGUUAUAUCUCGUCUUAUUUGUUUAGAGUUAGUAUUCAGAAGCGCGUAUUGCUGUUGUAAAUGUGUUACUGGUGUUUUCACUUUCUUUUUGUGAAAAUGUUUUCUCUUGCUGAUCCCUGUGAUAAAUGCCCACUACGCUCACAUUUGUGUUUACCAUGUAAUCUUUUGAAUUUUUGUUUAUGAAAAACUUGUUCAAGGCCUCUGAAUAUGGCAAGUCGCAAAACUGUUUGGAUUUUCAGGUUUAGUCAAUUGCUUCAACUUGUCUAUGGCCACCCAUUCUGAUAGCACGCCACGGGGUACUGUCUUGGGUCUUUUGAUUCGGACACUGCAGAAAGUGCCGGAUAUUGCUGAAGCUCGGUCUCGACAAGUUGUACCAUUAUUUUUGAAAUUUUUAGGCCUGGAAAAUGUUGAUGUUUCGAGGUGUGCUGCUGCAAUCUUUCCUAAUGUUUUUCACUAUUUUCAAGCUCCAUGACUUAAUUUCUAAGUUUUUGUGGUUAUUUUAUUCCUAACUUGCACUUAAAUAACAGUGGAGGUUCGUUUGGACUCGAAAACUAUUUAGGCAAAGGAUGGAAAUCGGUUCUGAAGGAUUGGCUGAAUCUGCUUCGGCUACUGCAUAAUUCUCGGUCCCUUUAUCUCAGCCAAGUUCUUAAGAAUGUUUUGAUGAACAGGUCAAUUGAGUUUUGGUUGAGGCUGUUUUUCUGUUUAUGUGGAUUCUUUAAUAUUAUGUUUAUUAAAAUCUCAAUUUUUUCGGAUAUUAUGGUCUUCACAGGCUUCUUGAUGAUACUGAUCCAGACACUCAGUUAAAAGUGUUAGAUUGUAUGCUGAACUGGAAAGAUGAUUAUUUGCUCCCAUAUGGUCAACAUCUUAAAAAUCUCAUUAUUGCAAAAAAUCUGAGAGAGGAAUUGACGACGUGGACACUGGCAAAAGAAUCUUCCCAAAUUCAAGAAGCCCAUAGAGGUUUCUUAGUUCCUAUAGUAAUUCGAAUUCUAGUUCCCAAAGUCAGAAAAUUGAAGACACUAGCAUCACGUAAGGUAUGGAAAUGACAGGUCUGGUGGUCUUUACCUGUUUGUCGUCCCAAUAUUUCGAAAUCAUCACCACUGAUGUAUCUUUUAUCUUUUUCAGCACGCAAGUGUAAAUCAUCGAAGAGCCAUCCUUUGUUUCUUGACACAGCUGGAUGUUAAUGAGCUUCCCCUCUUUUUUUCCCUAUUGUUAAAGCCGUUAUUUUCAAGUGCUGAUGGGACUAGUGCUCAUGAAAAUCAGCUUCAUGUUCUAUUUGACAAAUUCCUGGCACUCCCAUUAUCUUUUCUUCAGACUGAGUUACUUUCAACGAUGAUUGCUGGUCUCUCUUCUAAGAAGAAGUUCAGUUUUUUGCACGUGGUUGUAGAUAUUCUAAGAAGUUUUGACGAGUUUCAUGUCAAACCCUUUCUUGAUUUACUCCUGGCCAUUGUUGUCAAGAUACUGGAGUGGUGCACAGAUAGCGCCUCUAUUCCCAGAGACACCGCUUGUUCUGGCAUUGAAGAUGAUUCAACUAAUAUCUUGAAGGUAUGAGUCCAUAUUUUCUCGUCAACCAAAUCAUAUCGAGUUUGUCCCUUUUUCAAUUACAUGGCUUGGAUUGUGCAAUAUCACAUUAUCAUUUUUUAAUUAAAGGUUUUAUCUUUGCGUUCUUUCAUUACUGCCAUUACUGCCAUGGAAAAAAACACCUGAUGCUAACCUGUUGGUUGGAUGGGCAUUUGAUCUUUGCAGUUUAGUGGGUUGCUCUAUUCACAAGUUAGGAUGAUAUUCAUUUUUUUCCUAGAUUACCACGUUUCCCCAGCAAACCCACCCUCAUAGUUUAUCAUAACUGUGAGACUGUCCCUGCGGCUCAAAUAAUUAAAACAUAAUUUUGUAACUAUAUCCAGCCAUGAAGUAAUUAUGUUUGCAGGAAAAGUUUAGCAAACAAUGAGUAUCAUUCUAUAGUAACUACAUCAAAAUAUUCUUUUCUUCACAAUAUCUUCUGCGAAAAUUUAUGUUAAGGUUCCUCUUCGAUGAAUGUUUCUGCCUAGCUAUGCUCUACAAGGGAGGAAUCCAAUUGUAUAGAAAGUUGGGAAAUAAAGAGUAUUCUUUAUUUUUUCUCUCAUCUUUUUUCAUGCUAUGGUGCAGAGAAAGAGAUCAAAGGAGGAGAAAGGUAGGAAAAGAUCAAAUUCAGAGGCAAAGGAUUUGCGGUCUCUAUGCUUAAAGAUUUUCUGUUUCACUCUGAAUAAGUAUGGAAGCCAUCAUAUUUGCUUACAGAUAUGGGAUAUCUUUUUUUCAUCUGUGAAGCCUUUGAUUGACAGUUUUAUACAAGAUAUUUCGGGGAGUGAAAACCCAAGUUCUCUGCUUUUAUGCUUCGUUGCAAUGAGCAAAAACCCAAGAUGUAUCUCACUUCUGGAUGGGUUUCUCCCCAACAUAUUUUCAGUUCUGACUGUGAAGACUGCAUCUGAGAGUGUUACCUCCUCUGUUCUCAGCUUUGUUGAGAAUCUUCUAGUCUUGGAUAGUGAAUUGGACCAUGAAGAUGACCUAGUAAAAAAAAUUCUUAUGCCUCAUCUCAAAGAUCUCUUUUCUGGCCUUUGUCAGUUCUUUCAACGUCGCAGGGUGUCUCAGAGGUACGCUUCUGUGUCAAUCAAUAUGUUAGCUUUCACUGUUUGUUUUAAUAUCUUAUCACAGUUCGUUCGUUUUUAUGUUUAGUGGUUCAUAAUUUUAUUUGACGCAUAUGAGCAUAGCUUUCCAAGGGAAGUUUAAUUGUUUAGGAAAUUAGAUGUUCAAUGGAAUGACAAUUGAGAAAAUGCAGUGCUAUGGUAUUUGUUCAUCAGAUUUUCGGUUCUAUAUUUUGAUUCUCAUGUAGUCUAUAAUUUAUACCUGGGUGAGCAGUGGUCGAUCUGAUCGAUACGUUUCUUAUUACAGCUGUUGAUGGAUUGGUGGACAUGGUUUGCAGUAAACUGUUCCUGUGGUUUACCAGUUCUUUUCAUGCUUUUUUUUGCUUAUAUUUGUAGUUUGUAUACGAAAGGAAGAAAAUAUUGCACCUCCGAUAAAAGGGUAUUUUGGACAGUAGUAGGCCGGAAUUGCCUGUCGCAAUUCUGCCAUAUAAUGAGGGAGAAGAAAGACUGGGGCAAUGACCUUAAUCAAGCAACCUAGUAUCUUCUCUUCGUCCAAUGCUCUUGAAAAGAAGAUGAUUUGGUCUCAUGAUGGGGACUCUAAACUUUAUCCCUGUUCUUCAUGCGUUACUUUGAUAGAAACCCGUUUUUUCCUACAGAUUGGUCUUCGUAAAUUGCAGUUCACGUUUUCUCUGUCGUAAACUUCAAUACCUUCUACUAGGCAUGCAUCUGAGGCUCUUUCCACAGUGAUCUAGGAUUUUGGUCAACUAAUGAAGAAUGAGUGGUGACGUACCUGAGGUUGAGACAUGAGGAGAACUGUUCUUGAUUGUCUAGAGAAGAUAGAGCGUAUCAGAUUCAGUUUAGCUUUUUUCAGGAUGUAGUUCUUGUAUACCCUCUGAAGAAUCUGGAAUACCUUUUUGUGAUAAAGUAAUAGCAGUGCCUUUUGUGAUGUUAUUGAAUUGUUUGAUCUCAAAACUUCAUAGAUUUUUUCUAUUAACUUAUUUGCUGCUCUUCAUUUACUUCAUGCUUCUAUAUAUGUACUUGUGGUUGAGGCAUUUUUUUAUGUCCUUGUGACAAAAGUUCGCUGCUACACAAAUCUGUUUUAUAGAAUCUUUAUCACAGAGCUGUUUAUUUAUAGGAAAACGAUAAUUUGGCCGGCUAUGGAAGAGAUCAGGAUAUUUAAGCUAUUGGGAAGAUAUGUUAACGAAACAUCAAUUGCAAGGGAAUUUAUUGAUAUUAUGCUCCCCUUUUUCGGGAAGAAAGGUCUAAAUUCUGGUGAGAGAUUCUCAUAAGCCCUCGUGGUCUGUAUUUUGAUAUUUGUGACAAGACACUCAGUCGUUUACUUUUACAUGUUUCAGAUGAAUGCCUUGAAGGUUUGCAUGUUAUUGAAGGGAUGUUGCCUAUGCUUGAUAGUGUGGCUUCGAGAAAAAUUCUAAAUGUAAUCAGCAUGGUUCUGAUUUCUGCUAGACUGGAUAUCAAAUUGCUAAUUUGCAAGAUUCUUGAUGGGCUCAGUGUUGUGGAUCCGUCGUUGGCAUUUCUGGUACAUAUUUUCCUUUACUUCGUUCUUUCUUUGAGUUUAAGUUCAUUGAAAGAUACUCUGUUUACAUGUCAGGCGAAGCUUGUUCAUGAUCUCAACGCAAGUUCUGCCACAGAACUGGAUGAAAUUGAUUAUGACACGAGAAUCAGUGCUUAUGAUGCUGUAACAGUGCAGUUAUUCUCUUCAUUGGGUCAUGAUCGUGCAUCAAUUGUCCUAUCACAGUGCUUUAAUGACAUAGCAUCUGAUUUGAUUCUCAGGCAAACCGCAUCAAGGGCUCUUGUAUCCUUUAUAGAUUUUGCUGCUUUAUUUUUGGGCUGUGAUGCAAAAGGCCAUGAUGAUGCCAAGUCAGACGGUUUAAUGUUAGGGAAUGCGCUGAAUAAGGAAACUGAGACUGUUGAUGCUAAUGUUUGGACUCGGAAGCAGAUUCUGAAAAUUAUUGCGAAAUUUUUUCUGCAAAAUAUGGGUGAAACAAUGAACAAGGAGAUUUCUAGCCAAAAGGUGCUAAGUACAGAACUGGACAUGUCUAUUCAUAAGGUUCGUAGAACUGAAUGAUCUUUUGGCUCGUGUACUCUGCUUGAAUAUCUGCUCUGUCAAUGUUCCUCAUGAUGCUGCAUUUUUCAGGAGUGGAUUAUUUUACUUCGGGAAAUGGUUUGUAAACUUCCAGGAGUGCCAGCUCUCCUUUCACUAAGACCAUUAUAUAGUGAAGAUCCAGAAGUCGAUUUUUUUCAUAACAUUUUUCACUUGCAGGUAACUUUCCUUGUAUUUAGACUCCUCUUCGAGAUAUGUGAAGCUUAGUUAUGAUUUAUGACCCAUAAUUUCAUUCUGAUGACAGACAUAUAGGAGAGCAAAGGCCUUGUCAUGCUUCAGAAAUGCUGUCAGCAUUGGAAAUCUAUCUGAGGUACUUAAGUUUUUAUAAAAUCUUCUAGUCCAACUUCUAGUCCAAGAAAAACGACGUCUUUAAUUGCAAUAAACGUCUGUAGGUAUUUUAGAUUUAAGCUUUGAAUAGUUCUAUGUUCGUCUCUAUACGUAUGAGUUUUUCACGGGGUAAUUCUGGUUUUUAAUCACAGGAAAUGAUGCAGAAGGUUUUUGUUCCUCUGUUUCUCACUAUGAUGUUUGAAGUGAAAGGUGGUAAAGGGGAACAUCUAAAAAAUGCAUUUAUAGAGUCACUGGCUUCUAUGUCCGGGCAGAUGCAGUGGAAGGCUUACAUUUCAUUUUUGAUGAAAAUUAUGUGGUAUAUCCAGAAGACACAUUCAAAAUCAGACAAGCAGAAGAUUCUUCUACGCCUUUUGAUCUCUGUUUUAGACACAUUCCAUUUCUGCAGUAAUGGUCGCAACCAGGGGGCAAAGGAUGUUGUUGAAGAGAACAUACUUGCAUUAACGACUAAAAAUUCUAUCUCAACUGUGGCAGAUCCUGAUGUGGUCCAGCAUACCCUUCAACACAAGAUUCUCCCUCAGAUUCACAAGUUCUUAGAUGUAGACUCUGAUAGAAUCAAUGCCCAUAUGAGCCUCGCUGCCCUCAAAAUAUUGAAGUUAUUGCCAGAGGAGAUUCUGGAGUCCCAGCUGCAGACCAUCAUUCGACGCAUAUCUAACUUCUUAAAGAGUCGUUUGGAAAGCAUACGAGAUGAAGCAAGGUCAGUCUUGGCUGCAUGCCUGAAAGAGUUGGGUGUUGGUUAUUUGAAUUUUAUAGUCAAAGUCUUGCAGGCAACCUUAAAAAGAGGUUAUGAGUGUCACGUAUUAGGAUAUACUCUCAAUUUUAUUUUGUCGAAGCUUUUUCUGAAAUCUGAUGUUGGAGCAUUGGACUCUUGUUUGGAGGAGAUUCUUUUCAUAGUGGAGAAUGACAUCCUUGGAAGAGUUUCUGAGGAGGAAGCUGCUAAAUUUGCUUCAAGAAUGAAAGAGACGCGUAAGAAAAAAUCUUUUGAGACGCUGAAAUUGGUUUCACAGAAUAUUACGUUCAAAACUCAUGCUCUGAAGUUGCUGUCUCCCAUUAGAAAACACUUGCAGAAUCAUCUCACUAUCAAAGCUAAAGCAAAACUCGAAAAGAUGUUGAAUUGUAUCGCUUCAGGUAUUGAAACUAAUCCAUCUGUUGAUGAGAAGGAAUUACUUAUAUUUAUAUAUGGACUUCUUGAAGAUGGUGAUGCUUUGGAGACAGUAAAAUUGGCAUCCACACGCCUGGAUAACAACAAUCAGCAGAGCCCUGACGUUUCUAAAGAUGAAAUUCAUCCUAUUGGUAAUGGAUUUUGCAGUUCUCACCUUAUUUUGUUGUUUGCCCUUCGAUUGUUGCAUAAUCGCUUGAAGAAUAUGAAACUGGACAAGAAAAAUGAAGAGUUGCUGUCUAGGUUGGAUCCUUUCAUUGCACUGCUGGGAAGUUGCCUGAGCUCCAAGUAUGAAGAUAUUUUAUCGGCUGCUUUCAAAUGCCUUAUUCCAUUAACAAGGCUACCUUUGCCAUCUCUUGAGCUUCAUGCCGACAAAAUCAAGAUCUUGCUGCUCGAUAUCACCCAAAGAUCUAGCAAAGUAACCAGUCCACUCAUGCAGUCCUGUUUAAAACUGCUCACUGUGCUCUUGCAGACCACUACAGUUUCGCUUUCAAACGAUCAACUACAGAUGCUCGUCCAGUUUCCAAUUUUUAUUGAUAUCCAAGCCAAGCCUUCCCAUGUUGCCUUGUCCCUUUUAAAGGCGAUUGUUGCACGAAAGCUGGUUGUCCAUGAGAUUUAUGAUCUAGUGGUACAAAUUUCGGAAUUGAUGGUAACAAGUCAAGACGAUCCGAUUCGGAAGAAGUGCAGUCAAAUACUGUUGCAGUUUUUGGUAGAUUAUCAUAUUUCCAGUAAACGUCUACAACAGCAUCUAGAUUUCUUAUUAGCAAAUUUGAGGUGAAUGUCUCCCUUGUCUGAGGAGUGUUUCUUUUUUUUUCUAUUAGUUUUUUUCUAAAAAAAAAAAAAUGGUAUCUUUUCAGUUACGAGCAUUCAUCUGGAAGAGAAGCUGUGCUCGAAAUGCUUCAUGCGAUUCUGGUUAAAUUGCCUCCAGCUGUUGUGGAAAACCAAGCUCAGUCAUGGUUCCUUCAUUUAGUGGUUGCUUUAGCUAAUGACACUGAUAAAAAUGUCCAGUCUAUGGUUGGCACCGUUAUAAAACUUCUGCUUGGUCGUAUUAGCCAGAAAACACUUCAUCCCAUUUUAGAGUACAGCCUAUCUUGGUACAGAGGAGAGAAACAGCAUCUGUGGAGUGCUGCAGCGCAGGUACUUCACAUUCUUCUUUAAACACUUUUCUGGAUGCUCACUAGCAUCCUCCCUUGCUGUGCAAGUAGUUUUUCGUAGGCUUAACUCGAAAUCUACUGAAACAGGAUAAUAUCCGCUACGAAGUAAAACUGGCUGAUAAUUAACUUGGAUGCGCCAUUCUCGUGGCUCAUUUACUGAUGCUAAAAAUGUAGGGGUAUAUUGCAUUCUCAUGGUACAGAAAUAAUGUCGGGAAGUCUUAAGAUGCCUAGGAUAAGUAUCACUCUUGGCUAUACCUCACUUGUGUUGGCUGUGCAUCUGGUUUAUUUUCUUUAACUGGUUCAUACAUGAAUCUAGGUCUCCAAUAUAUAUAUAUAUUUUUUUUGUUUACUCCCUAUCUAGUUUCCUUUUCUAUGGAGCUUUCAAAAGCUUUUGGAUUCAACAUUCUUUGUAAAUUUUUUAAAAAAGGAAUUCAGAAAAUAUUUAACAGAAAUGCAAGAUGUACAGAUACAUAUAGAGCAUCUCCGAGAAACUGUGGCAGGAUGGUGAGGAUCAUCCUACACCAAUUUUAGAAAAAUUGCAGAAAUGUUUGCCUGUUCUCAUUGGAAAAGUUUGUAAAUCCCUAUGUGGCUCAACUAUUCAAAAAUCUGAUUUCUUUGUCCAUUUCAAAUGCCUUAGCCGGUUGCAUUCGUGCUAAGCUACAACAUCUUUCAUGUCCAAGAUGCUACCAUUUUCUGCAUGUUUCUGGGUUGUAUUACAUCCUGUUAUUGAUCUACACUGCUUAUGAUAAUCUUAUGAUGGUUCCUUUUAUGUUUACAGGUCCUCGGUCUAUUGGUUGACAUUUUGAAGAAGGGCUUCUUGAAAUAUAACAUCAGCGUACUGCCCGUCGCCAAAUGCAUCAUGGACUCAGCGAUUGAUAUCAUCACCAAAGACAAGGAUGCCGACUGGAGCACCGACGUGGUUCCGCUGUGGAAGGAGGCUUACACCACACUUCUCAUGCUGGAAAAGAUGCUCUGCCAGUGCCCGGAGCUCUACUUCGACGCAAGUUUUGAGGUGCCAACUGUUUCUCUCUCAUCUCUCAUUUGCUUACAGAUCACUUGUGUGUGGAUGUGGCAUGUACUUCACUGUAGCUUCACUGUAGUACUUAUCUACCGAGCUAGAAAUAUGUCUGCAGCCAGCCCAUUAUUUCGCAAGUAACCUAUUUAGGAUGCCAUUGUUGAUGCUCAUCUGAUUUCUCUCGUUUUCUGAUGAUUUAUCUGUUCAUGUUUCUCGUGUGCCAGGAGAUUUGGGAAGCCAUUUGUAAGUUCUUGCUGCACCCACACGUGUGGGUGAGGAACACCUCAAACCGUCUCUUGGCCUUGUACUUCUCACAAGCCUCUGACAGGAGAUCGAUUCGUCACGAGAGAUCGGAGACAGGGGGAGCGCUUUUACUGAACCCUGCUAGGCUGUUCCUGCUGGCGGUCUCAUUCUGCGCUCAGCUGAAGGCCCAGUUCUUGGACGACACCGCCAGCAACCUCGUCAUCCAGAAUCUUCUCUUUUCCAUAUGCGGCGUUCACUCCCAUGCGAAAGAGCUGGGCUCGACCCCCAUUCAUGCCUUUUGGGCCGCACUUGGUCCCCAUGAGCAGAGGUUCUACCUCGAUGCCUUCGAGCUUCUCGGCUCCAGAAAGGGUAGAAAUGCGUUCCUGUUCCACACUGCCAGCGACAUGCCUCAAGCUCCAGAGGGGAGGAACUCCAAGCCUCAGUCGCUCCUCGUUCUUCCCUUGCUCGGCAAACUGGGGAAGAUCGCCCUGACGGGGGAUGACGUCCAGGUGAGAGCCCAGUGUUUCUUGGUGCGCAAUAUUAUCCGUCUACUAGCCCCGAGGACGAUAGUCUGACGAUUCUACUGAAUUUCUUGCAGACGAAGAUGGUCUUCGACUGCUUCAGAAGGCUCUCCUCACAGCUCGGUCAUGAAGGUUGCACUGACUAUGCCGUUCAGCUGUUAUCGCCGCUGUACAGGGUGUGUGAAGGAUUCUCCGGGAAAGUGAUCUCAGGUGUGCUUCAUAUUCUUCAUACUCUUCUUUCAUCUUUCUAUCAAUCUUCUCUGCAGUGCUUCUAAAUAUGGAUAGUUUUAGUUGACUUGGUAAGCAUGUGUGAUCACUUCUCGGGUGCUCCGUUAUUCUCCAGAUGAAAUCAAGGAGCUGGCCACUGAGGUUCUCGAGAAGAUGCGUGGGGUUCUGGGAGCAGACCAUUUUGUGAGGGCCUACAACGAGAUACGGAAAACCAUGAAGGAGAAGAGGGACAAGAGGAGACAAGCCGAGAAGCUCUUGGCCGUCAUAAAUCCUAUGCGGCAUGCGCAGAGGAAGCUGAGGAUUGCUGCCAAACACCGAGCCAACAAGAAGAAGAAGAUCUCUGCCAUGAAGAUGCGGAACUGGAAAAGAUGA